AGGACGAUGGCGCCAACGCCUCCCCGUGCGGGCUGUCAUUGUGGAGCUGGAAUUGGGAGCCAGAAGAACCUGCUUCUUCUACCGCUACUUCGCCUCCUCUCAACCUCAUCCGUCAUCCCGAAACAGCUGUCCAACAAACCUCCCGAGCAGCCUCAUCGCAGUCGGCAUUUGUCCUUAUUCUGAGGCAGUGGCACCGUCAAAGGGAUUCACCACCACCCAUCCAGCCUCGCCAGCUGCUCCGCGGUCGCUGAGACUGGACCGCACGUCACCAAGUGAAGAUGCCCAUGCUCUGAAUCCAUUGCAUCCAUCAAUUCGACACGAGCUCUACACCAGCCCGCCAUGAGUAACCUGUGGAACAAGUCUCCACAGGGCGCCGGCUUGGAUCUACCUCCUGCGAAACGAAUCUCCACGCCUGCCGGCCAGCGCUUGUCUGUAAUCUUGGAGAAUGGCGCAACUGCUCCAGCACGCCCAAAGGAGGCCUACAGGUCGUCUAUGAAAAAGGGAACCUUUGGCCUGGGAGAGGCGCCACGUGAAAGUCUGGAAGAUGGACCGCACGGCUCAAGUUAUUCCUACAGCGCGUGGUCCGAGACUUCAGGCGAAAAGCUUUACGAUCUCAAGGAUAUCAAGAACAACAAGCAAGUUUCGAAAAGAGGAGGAUGGAAGAGACUAGCUUUGAUAGUGGCAGUACUUCUCACAAUCAUUGUUGCGAUAGUAAUUGGGGUCGUAGUCGGCACGAGGAAGAAGCACUCCGGCUCCAAGAGCAGCGAGAACGAGAAUUCAAACCCAGCACAGACGAGCGCUGCGUCUAACGCCAUAACACCAGGAGCCGCCACUGCGACACCAACAGCCACAGCCUCGCUCUCACCGACCUCAACACCGUCAAACUUCCCCGUGGGCUCCUACAGCUUGGUCACCUUCCUAGACACGGUCCAAACCAAUUGCACCGCCAACCCAGACACAUGGACCUGCUACCCCUACACCGACUUCAACACGGACCCUAACAAGUCCAUCGCUACCUUCAACUGGAUCAUCACCUCCCCAAAGGCCAACACCUUCGCCAUCUCCAGCACCGAUAACCCUUUCUCCAUCUCCUUCUCCAACACUCCCCUCGAGCUCCUCGACGAAGGACUAUCCACCGAACGCUACCGCUUCCAGCUCGACGCUACUAACAAACAGGUCUCCCCGUCUGGAUCUCUCACCUCAGACAACGCUGCCGUCACCUGCUUCUACAACAGCACCACCCUCCAAGCAUACCUCUACACCAAGAUGGCCUCGUCGUUCCCAGACGCCUCGAAGGGCGAGAACUCUGGCAACCCAUCCUUCCCCGUAUGGCCAUUCGCCGUGCGCGUCGAGCAGGCCAUCGGCGGCGGGCAGGACGUGCCGAACUGCUGGACCCUGCACAACGGCGUGCCCGACCAGCAAAUCACCGACGGGCUGCAGGCGCAAGCUCAGGGGGAGCUGUGCAGUUGCUUAUACAAGAACUGGCGGACGCCUGGGGUGUAUUGAUAUAGGAAGACAGCGUGGCCGGCGGUCAGGUUCGAAGUUUGAAUAUACAUACACAGGGACGAGCAGGCGACGUAUUGUACGACUUUUGUUUUCGCGCGAGCGUGCGUUGCGUUGUUAUUACCCUUGGUACUUUCUCGAGAGCGGAUGGGGUACACACGGUCCUGGGCGUGUGAAAGCGAGGCGUUUUGAACAUUUGUUAUAUAUCCGUAAAGC